UUCAGUCAGACUCAGCCCCAAAUACAGCAUCUUGAACUACGAAACAGGUGAAAGAAGAAACCAUGGACACCAGAAGCUACUCCAGCCCUCCAGACAGGCUCUCGGUCUUCACUGAGUCUGCCCACCUGCCACUGUCCAGGCCCUUCUACCUGGACCCCAUGGUCACUGUCCACCUAUGCCCUGAGGCCCCGAUGCCGGCGGCCCCUUACACGGACGAGCUGCCUCUGUUGCCCUUUUCCAGCGAUACCCUGAUCAUGAACAAUUACGGGGACCCAUACGCCUUCCCCUUCUCCAUGCCUUACACCAACUACAGGCGCUGUGACUACACCUAUGGGCCGGCCUUCAUCCGCAAGAGGAAUGAGCGGGAGAGGCAGCGAGUCAAGUGUGUGAACGAAGGCUACGCCCGGCUGAGGCGGCACCUGCCGGAGGACUACCUGGAGAAACGACUCAGCAAAGUGGAGACCCUCAGAGCGGCCAUUAAAUAUAUCAGCUACCUGCAGUCUCUCUUGUACCCGGAUGAGACUGAAACCAAGAAGCCUCAACCAACCAGCUGCAGCUCCCUGGACCCGGCUCUGAGAGUCAUUUGAAUCAGUUCUUCCCCAAAUGGGGUCUUCUGCAAGCAGCAGCCAGUAGUACAUUCUCAUACACGUGGUUUCGAGGACAUAACAGUACCCCUAGUACCAACCUUCAUUACAUGUUGCUUGCCUAGG